AAAUAGGAAAGCAGGACACACCCAGGCGUGUCUGUGACUUCAGGGAGGAGAGAGCCCAGCUCACUGCUUUUACAAGUCAUAGCUAGGAUUUUGGUGGGUUUGCAGUUUCUGUCCUCUCACUACGUGGUUCCUGAGGAGCACCUGACGGGGUUACAGCUGAUGAGGUUAAAGUCUAGCCCAUCAGGAUGCAGGAAGGGUUCAUCAUUGCUGUAGCAUGUAGCCUCACACCCUUGCUUCACGUGAAAAGUCUAGCGGCUACCCCUGAGCUGCAGUUCCAGCCCUUGUGUGUGAAUAUUCUACAUGUUAUCCGCCCGACAUCAGUUGGCAGACAUUAAUCAUACCACUAGAGAAGGUCUCCCCAGGACAUCAUGCGGAGUGCCACCAAGCCCUGGAGUCCAGUUGCCAAAGCAGGCAGCCAUGGCCCUGAUCGCACUCGGCCCCUUCCUGGGACCCCUUCCGGCAUGAAGAGUUCCAAGUCUUCAACCUCGCUGGCCUUUGAGUCUCGGCUUAGUAAGCUCAAGAGGGCCAGCAGUGAGGACAUGCUCACCAAACCUGGAACCGCCUCAGCCGGGGCAGUGCGACUGAAGAAGACCUCCACCUCCGGAGCCAUCUCCGAGCUCACUGAGAGCCGCCUGAGAAGCACCCCAGGGGCAGUUCCAACAACCAAACGGACAGGCAUUCCAGCUCCACGGGAACUCUCAGUAACUAUCUCAAGAGAGAGGUCUGUGCCACGUGGUCCCUCCAGCUCAAAGAAGUUGGGCUCUAGUCCAACUUCCUCCUGCACUCCCACUCCCACCAAGCACCUGAGGAGCACCUCUGCGAAACCUAAGCAAGAGCACGAGGGCACAGAGAAGUCUGUACUCGAGUCUCAGGUUCGGGAACUUCUGGCAGAAGCCAAAACCAAAGACAGUGAAAUCAACAGGCUUCGAAGCGAACUAAAAAAAUGUAAAGAAAGGUGGGCCCUAAGCACUGAGGACACCAGUGCAUCAGACCCAAGUGCAGAGGGAACGUCAGCCCCAGUAGGCGACACAGAACCUUUGAUAAGAACCCUGGAGGAGAAGAACAAGACCUUUCAGAAAGAGCUUGCUGACCUAGAGGAAGAAAACAGGGCCUUGAAGGAGAAGCUGACUUACCUUGAACAGUCACCAAAUUCAGAAGGGGCAGCAAGUCACACUGGUGACAGCAGCUGCCCAACCUCCAUAACCCAGGAGUCCAGCUUCGGAAGCCCAGUUGGCAAUGAGCUGUCCAGUGAGGCCGAUGAGUAUAGAAGAAGCGCACAUGGCAGCGCAUUACGGACAUCGGGAUCUUCAAGCAGUGAUGUCACUAAAGCCUCUCUGUCACCAGAUGCCUCGGAUUUUGAGCACAUCACUGCAGACACCCCAUCUCGGCCCCUGUCGGCCACCAGCAACUCUUUUAAGGGCUCCAAGGGCUCCCCUGCUGCGAGCUCCCCAAACAAUGCGAGUGAGCUGUCGUUGGCAUCGCUAACUGAGAAGAUCCAGAAGAUGGAGGAGAAUCAGCACAGCACCGCGGAAGAGCUGCAGGCCACCCUGCAGGAAUUAUCAGACCAGCAGCAGAUGGUGCAGGAGCUGACAGCCGAGAACGAGAAGCUGGUGGAUGAGAAGACCAUUUUAGAGACCUCCUUCCACCAGCACCGAGAGAGGGCAGAGCAGCUGAGUCAGGAAAACGAGAAACUGAUCAACCUCUUACAAGAGCGAGUGAAGAACGAGGAGCCUAGUGCCCAAGGAGGAAAAAUCCUUGAGCUGGAGCAGAAGUGCACGGAUAUUCUUGAGAAGAGCCGCUUUGAAAGAGAGAAGCUGCUCAACAUUCAGCAGCAGCUGACCUGUAGCCUACGGAAGGUUGAGGAAGAAAACCAAGGAGCUAUAGACAUGAUUAAGCACCUGAAGGAGGAAAAUGAGAAGCUGAAUGGGUUCCUAGAACACGAACGGUGUAAUAAUAGUGUGAUGGCCAAAACUUUGGAGGAGUGUAGAGUUACCUUGGAAGGCUUGAAAAUGGAGAAUGGGUCCUUGAAGGCUCAUUUGGAGGCUGAUAAGCAAAAGGCCAUAGAGGCCAGCGGUACCGUGGGGCAGACAGCAGAGAACUUCGAGGCUCAGGAAAUGCUGAAGGCGGCCCGAGCUGAGAAAGACCAAUUGCAACUGUCUUGCACGGAGCUCAGACAAGAAUUGCUAAAGGCAAAUGGUGAAAUUAAACACGUUUCCAGCCUGCUAGCGAAGAUGGAAAAAGAUUAUUCUUACCUGAAGGAGGUCUGUGAUCACCAAGCAGAACAACUGAGCAGAACCAGCCUAAAAUUACAAGAGAAAGCUUCGGAGAGCGACGCAGAAAUCAAAGACAUGAAAGACACCAUAUUUGAAUUGGAAGAUCAGGUGGAACAGCACCGCGCUGUCAAGUUACACAACAAUCAGCUCAUUAGCGAGCUGGAAAGCAGUGUGAUCAAGCUGGAGGAGCAGAAGUCAGACCUAGAACGGCAGUUGAAGACCCUGACAAAACAGAUAAAGGAGGAAACUGAGGAAUGGAGGCGGUUCCAGGCAGACCUGCAGACUGCAGUGGUGGUGGCCAAUGACAUCAAGUGUGAGGCUCAACAGGAACUGCGCACUGUGAAGAGGAGGUUGUUGGAGGAGGAAGAGAAAAAUGCCAGGCUGCAGAAGGAGCUGGGGGACAUGCAGGGACACAGCAGACCUGUGAAUGAAGGGACAGAGCCCUCGGAGGUUGAUGCUGCUGGCCGGUGGCGUGGAGUCUAUAUCAACAGAACACCUCCAGCUCCUUCAGACUCGGCAACCACUGUGAAGUCUCUGAUCAAGUCAUUUGACUUAGGACACUCAGGUGGAGCUGGACAGAGUAUUUCCGUCCACAAGACUCCCAGAAGCCCCCUGAGUGGGAUCCCAGUGAGGACUGCUCCGGCAGCUGCUGUCUCUCCAAUGCAGAGACAUUCGACUUACAGCACCAUGCGGCCCACCAGCAAAGGGAUGGCUCAGCGCUUGGAUCUGCCGGACCUUCCCCUCUCAGAUCUUCUGAAGGGAAGGGCCGAGGACCGGAAGUCAGACCCUUACCUCCGAAAGAGUCCCUCACUGGAGUCCCUGAGCAGACCCCCUUCCCUGGGCUUUGGGAACACCAGACUGCUGAGUGCGUCCACCGGGGGUCUGAAACCAAGCAAGCUCAGUGUUGAAAGAAGAGACCCUCUGGCAGCCCUGGCCCGGGAGUACGGCGGCUCUAAGCGUAAUGCACUCCUGAAAUGGUGUCAGAAGAAGACAGAAGGUUAUGCGAACAUUGAUAUCACCAAUUUCAGCAGCAGCUGGAGUGACGGACUGGCCCUCUGUGCUCUGCUCCAUACCUACCUGCCUGCUCACAUCCCAUACCAGGAGCUGAACAGUCAGGAGAAAAAAAGGAACCUCUUGUUGGCAUUUGAAGCAGCUGAAAGUGUAGGCAUCAAACCCAGCUUGGAGCUCAGUGAGAUGCUGUACACGGACCGGCCUGACUGGCAGAGCGUGAUGCAGUAUGUGGCCCAGAUCUACAAGUACUUUGAGACAUAAGCAGAAGACCCAGCAACAGCCGCGGCCUCUUGGCCUGAAGUUAGCCCUGGAAGCACCUGCUCACCGUCCACCACACCUGCUGUGCCCACCACCUAGCCGUCUGGAUUUCCAAGGAAGGCUUAAGCCAAGUGGACCAGCACUCCGUGGAGAAGCAGAGCUGGCUCCAUCUCAGAUGCAAACGUGUCUGGAGCCCAUGCUCAGGAAUCCUUGUUCCCAAUGGGAAGUUUCUAGAGAGGCAGGCCUGGCUUCUCACACACUGGGUCUCAAACCCAGGCCCUCCUCUGUGAGAUUCCCGAGUGUUGCCAGUCCCAUUCGCUGCCCACAUGUGGCCUACACACUGACAAACAGCCUGUCAAUCACCGUGUCUCUCUCCUCCUCCUCCUCCUCCUCUCCUCCUCCUCCUCUCCUCCUCCUCCUCCUCCUCCCUCCUUCACUAAAACCGCUCUAGCUUUGCUUUAUUCAAAACUUUGUCCUUAUCAGCUGCUUACCCCCCAAAUAAAAGAACAACCCUACAAAACACAAAAUCAAAAGCAGCUUUCGCUUCUUAGCAACCUGGAAACACACUGAUUAGGGAAAUAGUAGGAAAAUAGUAUGCUCGCUCGGUUCUGUAUAACCGAGGGCUAAAUAACACUUCAUAUAGAUCUCACUGUCCCUAUUAGAUUCCAAACAAGUGCAAAGGACACUUAGGGACCUUGCCGAGGGCCCAUGGGAGGCCAGCUGGCAUGCUCGUUAACCACACAGCCUGAGUGCAGCGCUGGUGUCCUGGCUGAUGAGAACUGUGACCAUUGUCCACGGCACCUUCUGCCUUGCUAUUGACUGACAGUCCCAUUCACACACACAUCUGCCAAACACAGAGAACUCAACACAAGUCUCACGUGCGAAGCGGCCUGUGAUGGCGAACUCCCUUUACAUUUGCACAGUUCCGCAGGCUGAGAGGUGCGCCCCUUGGGAUCCUGAGUGGACAAGAAAUAUAAACCACGUUUUGGCUCCAAACAGGCUUGACCCUUGGUACUUGUUGGGCCUUUUACAUUUGCCUAAUGAAAGAAGCUGUUAGGAGUGGUGAUGGUGGCGCUGUCCCCCAAAACCCCGCUGGUUCCCUAAGAAGCAGCGCACGGCCCUCUCCGUGAGUGCUCAAGCCAGGUGGCUCUAGACAGUGGUUCCCAACCUUCCUAAUGCUAGGAGUUCCUCAUGUUGUGGUGACCCCCAAUCAUAAAAUUAUGUCAU